AGAGCAUCUCUACCCAAUAAAUUCACACGCAAUAAUAUUUAUCCAGUUAACCAGUCUGGUCAGAAUACAUAGUGGACCUCUUUGAUCCUCUAUGUUUUCUCACCUUGUCACCGCUGCAAAGGGUCUUUUGACGCGACACAAUCCCGACGACCUGACCAAACCUACCGCAACCACUGAUAACGAACCAAAGAUGGUCACAACAAGACGGGGGAACAAGGCUGCUGCGGAAGCUCAACCCAAUGGCACAACGGUUGCGAAUGGGAAGGUGAACACUGGGAAAAAGGAUGGUCAGAGUAAUAAGCGCCGGAGAAGCGAAACUGAAGGUUCGGAAGAUGCGCAAGAUGAGUCGGAGGUAGAGGGGUCGGAAUCGAAGCAAGAACAGACAGCUCCUGAGAAGAAGGGUCACAUCAAAUUCGGUAGCGAAGAGCCUGAACUGCCGGAGGAGAUACCAACAGAAGAAGCCUCAGCCGACAACCAAGAAGACGAUGAUGAGAGCAGCGACGACGAUGCCCCGGAGGCUAUCGAUAACUCUGCGCAAUUGUCAAAGAUUAAGCUGGAGGCCCAGAAACAAGAAAAAAUUAGACAGAGGGAAGAGCAAUUGAAGAAGCAAAGGCGGAAACAACUGGAUGAGCAACGCAAAGCCCAGGCGAAGUUGGCUGCGAAAAAGAAAGAGACAGAGGAUGCACAAUCGGAAAGCUCUGGAACUCUCCAAGGCUCAACAACUCAAGACACACGACGAACCGCUCUUCCCGCUUUGCUUCCUGAUGAAAUCCUCAAUGCCGCGCCUGCCACAAGACCCCCGACACCUCCAAUCGAUGACUUCGAACCGGCACAGAAAAAACCCAACAAAUUGAAGUUCCUCGAUAAGAAGGAGAAGCGUCCCAAGGAUGUAAAAAUGGGUGACACUUCGAUUCGGGUACUCGACGAGGGUCCUUCUCGGAAGAAGGUGAAAACCGCACUGGCACCAAAGGCUUCGAAGUCUGGUCGCAACGUGAAAGAUACUUGGCUUAACAAGAGCCACAGUACCGCAAGUGUUAACGGUUUAAGAAGGGCCGCAGGUGGUUCGUCUGGCUUUGUGCGCAGAUAGAGUUUAUCUGGAUUCUGUUCCGUCUAUGUGAUGGCUGUGAUGAUCGGACGAACUCACCAGUUCGUCUUCACAUUGGGUGAUUGCAAUUCGACCAUGCUCUUAAUACCCGGGCAGUCAUCCACAUACGUAUUGAGCAUGUCGCAAUGGAUCAACGGCUUAGGUUCAUUGCGAACAACCAUUUAGGCUUUCGGGUCUCAUGACUGCCGGGCCUAGAUUCAUGGGCUACAGACUUAAUGUUCAGCUCCCUAUUUGAGGAUUCAAUUCCCUUUAUCGUACUUGUCGUGCUGCAUAAAAAUGUGGGAGGUUUGAUGUACAGAGCAUGUCUUUGAUUGGUGUUAAGGCGCUGGAAAAUCGGGUUUCAUUCUUAUCUCUUAGGACCAGCAAAUACAUUUAAAUCCAUUGUAUACCCUAGUAGAGAACAAUUGACUGUUAUCAUCGUUGUAUUUCUUUUGGUUGUAUAGACAUUGUUGUGUAAUCUGGAUU